AAUAUCAUUUUAAUCUGCUGCGUUUGCAGUAAUGUUAUUAUGCUUGGUUAUUAAAACAUGAUGUUCUGUGAUGAAAUUGUUACGCUUAGUCUACUUAAUGUUAUUGGUGCAUCUGACAAUCUGCUAAGUGGCUAUAAAUUUAUAUUGGGUUCAUUCGGAUAUCUUCGGGUCAAACAUCUUACUGUUGGAGGGAGCGACUAAUUUCAAUUGGUCACGUCGAGGCUAAUGACCACUAAAUUGCCAAAACAAUUUUUCAUCGGGGGUUUCAAAACGUUAUUUUCAUAAAUCGGACAGGUCGUAUGGCAUUUUAAAUACCCAAAGGGUUCACAUGGCCACAGUUUAUGGAACAUUAAGCAUAAGUAAGGGAAGCUUAAUAAAGUCACACGUGGUCAAAGUAUAAAGAACAUUCUUAUGUAAGUAAAGCAAACCUUAUUGAGUCACUCAUGGCCCCAAUAUAUGGACCAUUUUAAUGACUUAGUAUAAGUAAGUGGAACCUAAUGAGGUCUCACGUUGCCACAGUAUAUAGAACAUUCUUUAUAAGUAAGGGAAACCUAUUUGAAUCACACAUGGCCACAAUAUAUUGAUAAUAUUAUAUGAGUAAGGGUAGCCUAUUAAAGUCAGACUCAAAAAUGGUUCAUUAAGCGGGUUUUACAACAUUUUACAAGAGAACUGCUGCUUUAAAGAAAUACGUGCUGGAAAAAAACUAUUAAAUUCUUUUUCUAAAACAGGCAUACAUUUCUCGCUUCCCGUAAUAUGUGACAUCAAUUUGAAUUAUAUUGAUUCUUAUUACAUCAUUUGAAUAAUAAUAAAUAAAAGACAGACGGCUCCACAUUAGCUAAUCAACUUGCAUGCGAAAUGUUGGGAGAUAUUGCCAAAUGUAUUCAAGUCUAUCAAUUAAAUAUAUUAAAUAAAUUGAAACAAUAAUAAAAUACAAACUAAUGCAUAUUUAAAAUGCAAUUACCAUUAGUUUGAUGGUUUGAAGCAUGACACAUUAAAUGAGUCACGCCUAAAUUGCAAGCAUAUUAAUUUCCUAAUCUGUUUAUAUUGAUAUUAAGAGAAGCUGGACAGUUUAAGGCAAGGAGACAAGUUGUAAGACAAAUCAUAGAAACAAUGGCGUUUAUUGGAGCUUUGGUUUAUCUUUUCUUUAUUGCUCAAUAUGGGCUAAAUGGAGCACUAGACAAUUUCAACAAAUUUGUUAUGGAUGAUACGUUAAAAGGGUAUAUAUGUUUUGAUGAGAAAAUAGUCUUUGAUAUAACAAACGGUAAAUCGGUAUGUGCACUCAGAUGUUCGAUGGACCUUGCUUGUUCUAGUAUCAUAUACUAUCCUGAUACCGGCAAGUGUAUUGGUUGUACUUCCUUUACAGGAGUGAAUGAUCCUUUACAGAACAAUUCAGUCUUCUACAAGCGAGGAUUUCAAUACCUCGGCUGCUAUGACGACAGACCAAGAAUUCUGAUAGAAUACAAUGUUCAGAAGUCUUCAAGUCAAUCAACGGAAAAUUGUGUAACACGUUGUCGGAACCAGGACGCAUCGUUUUCAGUAACGGAAUAUGCCACUGAAUGUUGGUGCGGUACAAGUGUCAAUUUUACCAUCGCUGAGAAGGUGUCCGAGUCAGAAUGUAGCUGGAGUUGUUCAGGCAAUACGAGUCAGAAAUGUGGGGCCGCCUCCAUAGGUUCUCUAUACCGGACAGGAGUUUAAAAAAAUAAUAAAGAUAUGGAUUAAUUUCCAGUGCUCUUUAUAACUUUUAAUAAAGAAAGAAUUAUUGACAAUAUGUGUUCCAAUACAACAGAGGCUAUUCAGUUGAUGGACAUAGAAAUAAUCAAUUUAAGGUAUAACCACGUUAAAUUACUGUUAUAAGGAAUUGGGACACAUGCAUGCAAAAUGUAAACAAAAAUUACCGUAAGGAUACUUUUUCUGAAUAAAAUCUUGGUUAUUAGAAGGGCUUUUUUCAUGAAAUAAUCAGCCUUAUGAAAAUUGAUUGAUUUCCCUAUUGAUAAGUGUUAAGAAACAAAUUAUAACACUCAACUAACAAACAAACGCCUGAAGCAAAAUGAUUUUUUCUCCUUUAAAUGUUUGAAAAAAGUAUAAUACUGAUACCCUACCUUACAAUCCGUAAAAUUUACCCAAAUGUACUGUUUGCAACAUUGAUUAAAAUACUUAAGAAAUUAUUAAACUUUUCCUUUCAAAAAGGGAACCGAAUAUUAUAUGAAUAAUGUUAAAUGAAAAAAAAGUUGACCCUCCUGAUGGUUGAACGCACGAUCCUCAGUUUCAAUGCAGUUGACAUUAUUUGUAACCUAUUUAAAUACUCUUCAAAACUUAGGCAAUGCAUUAGAAUGGUCAUACAUUAUUUCAAAUCGUUCUAGUUAUAUUCUGAUAUUUAAAUAUGAUUUUGUUAAUUAUUCGAUAGUCUGUAUGCUUUCUUUUAAAUUAUUUGUCAUAAAAUAUAAUUGAGAAUUCAACUUGUUUAUCUUAUGUCUGUCAGCAAUAUUGUAAGUAACAUUACAAAUAAAAAACUAAAUUUUGUUUAUACUUUCAUAUUAAUUUAGUA